UUUAAGUUGUUCUAAAAAAUUAUAGCAAAAAAUAAAAAAUAAAUGCAUGCGGCUUCUUGCGGUCGUCUUCUGCGAUCUACCCCACGACCCUCACCUCCUCCGAUUCCAAUCCAAGCUGAAACCCUAACUCUAAACUCCGCCCCAUACGCCUCAUCUUUCCGAUCGUCAUCCUCGCCGCAGCAGGAUCCGAUCCGAAUCGAAGGCGGCGGGAGAGAAUUAGGGUGGGUUUUGGGAGGGAAAAGGGGGGCUGGGUGCGGGGUGCGGGGUGCGGAUGGGAGGAGUGACGUCGUCGGUGGCGGCAAAGUUCGCGUUCUUCCCUCCGAGUCCGCCGUCGUACGAACUGGCGGCGGCGGAGGGCGAAGAAGGAGAGGGGGGUGGGGGUGGGGGUGGGGGCGUGCGGGUGUACAUGACGGAGGUCCCGCGGCGGGCGAACGUCGAGGUGCGUCGGCUACCGACGAAGCGGGGGACGGAGAUCCUGGCGAUGUACGUGCGGAGCCCCGCAGCGUCAGGGUCGGCGUCGGGACCCCUCACCCUGCUCUACUCCCACGGCAACGCCGCCGACCUCGGCCAGAUGUACGAGCUCUUCGUCGAGCUCAGCUCCCACCUCGGUGUCAACAUCAUGGGUGUCGUUUGAGAGGCAAAGGGAAAACUUCAAAUUCGCCCUAGUAUGGAAAAACCAUGACGGACUCGAUCAGCAUGUCUUUCUUUCACGAGUAGCUUGAUUUUUAAGAUCGGUUAUUAUUCUGUUCAACUUUGAAUGUGACUUGGGAUUGUGGAUUUGAUGGAGGGCCAGCUCUUUGACGACGGUCGACGGGCAUUCUCCUGUCGGUCAACUGUAUAUCUAUCAGUUUGAAUUAACGGAGUUGGGUUGCCCAUUUCCUUUUGGCAAAUUUAAAUUCCUGGGUUCUUGAUC